AUGGACGCAGCUGAUACGUGUUUUCUACUUACAUCAGCAAAGGCUAAGGAGGCUCAGACAAAAGAUGUUUCAAGGGAAAUGGAGGGAGGUGAUGUACGUACUUCCUCUCCUUUGAAUGUACGUAUAUCACGAGAUGAUAAGGAGGCUCAGAUAGAUGCUUCUAAAGAUAUGGAGGGAGGUACUCGCCUAAAUCUUUAA